AUGCCUUUCUACACAUACGCUUUGUGGCACAACGAUGAUGAGGGUAAACAGAAGUACUGCCUCAUCAUCUCCGAUAACAGAGCAUCAGCGGAUGAGCUCUACCGUGGCAUCCAGGAACAGAUGGUAUUCAAUAAAGGUUCUGUCGAAUUCAAACGCUUGCGUCGCCUUUCCCCUCAGAUGUGGACCUGGGGCGCGACGGGUACCGACGACCUCAGAGAACUCCUUGACUAUAUAAAUAAAGGCGAAAACCAAUACCUUCAGGAGCGCCUAAAGCGUCUUCGCGGAAGGGUGUUCAUUCGAGAGUUGGGAGACUAUGACGACGGCAGCGGGGCGUGGCCCAUCAUUCCGCCUUAUGAACGAGCAGACCAUGUCAACAAGCAGACUUUCUUCAUCCGCAACAAGCUAAACCCCAGUCAAUUCUGGACAGAAGAUUCGAGUGGGUAUAUAGGACUAUCAGCAGACAGACGGUCGAGGUUUCGAAUUGAACUCCCUGACGGUGAUAAAAUGUUCAACGGUGAACAACCUCUGCUUGUCGCUAAAGAUCGAGUCCGCCUGACCCUUAUACGAAAUGAAACAUCGAGCGAGGCGGAUGAAGUACGCCUUUACUUCGAAGACAACACCGGAUUCAUCACAACUCAACGUAAAGCAAAUGCUGAGUUUGAGUUUGGAAACCUAAAUGGCGGUUUCGCUAUCUACAAUUCAACAAAGGGAUCUAUCUCCGGCUGGCCUGCGCUCCAAUCUAACGGCCAGGGGGAGGUGUGGGAACUCGUCUAA